GAUUGGGAAGAUGGGUUAGCCUUCCUGGUAAAAAACCCAGGGCUUGCAGUGUGAAACAGGAGACUCUUCUGGGUCCCUUUAUUGGAAAAGCACACCUCAGGAGAAAAAGCAUCUUUAAAGGCAAGGGUGACUCACAGAAAGCGGUUGCUUCCAACAAAAUCAAACACUCAGACCUGACAAGUGUUGUUUCUUAGGUCAGGAUGCAGGAGCUCAAGAGAGGCUGUUUGACACCAAAGUGUCAGUGUUUCAGGUAUAUGAUGCUCUUGCUCCACAGAUUCCUAACCGAGUGACUCUCAGCUCUGUUUCAGAUGUACCGGUUGUGAGUGACAGAGGUGGUUCUUCUCGACCGUUCAGAAGAGGCUGGCCUGGUGACUAUCUCCUCAGAGAAGUUCACUGUCUUUUUAGCCCUCACAGACGCUCACGGACCAUAUUCAGGAUCUCUUUCAAGAAGGCUUGGGCCUGGCAUAAGAACCCCUUCACCAGUCUGUUCUUCCUCCUUUGAGGAAUCACGACUCCAGAAGUCAUUCCCAUCAUUGACCAUGUCAGGAGCAUCUCAGUUCUUGGAACAUGCUGUGAGCUUCAGUGCCAGCACAUUGAUUCCUGGUACCCAACACCUGACCUCAGCAUUUGAAGACUGAAUGUUGAAGAGAAAACCUCACUGCUCUGGAGGAACAAAUGGAAACCGAGCUCUGAGCUUUUCAAAAAGAGGUCUUGAUUUACAGUUCUGGCACAAAUGAUGGUUACAGAAGGAAUGCAGACAGUAUUGGUUUAUAUCUUGGGUGCUCUGCUAAUAAAGUGUCCCUUAUCAAUAUCAAAAAUGUGACAUUCAGCUAGUAGAGAGGAAGAGAAAAUACUCUGGAGGGUGGCUUUGUCCCAAGCACAGGGGCACCAAUUACAUGCCCACAUGUUUCUUUUUCACCGUCUCACUCUUCAGUAUUGAUGGAUGCAGCUUUGCAGAUGAGUUGAGAAAGGAGGUGUGCAGAAAAGAUAAUAAAGAAUGAUUUAGUCACCUGCAUGAUGAAAAUGAAAACCACCUAAAUCCCCACCACUCACAGUACUUGUGAUAGUGCUUGUGUUUGUCAGACACCAGAAUCAUGUCUGGAUGAUUAUGUUUUGCUUCAACAAUGAUGUCAUUGAAGUGAUGUGAUGGAAAAUGUAACUUAGGAGAGCACCUCAUCUACUGUGUAAGCCGAAGUUUUCAGCAAGUUAAUAUUUCUUCCAUGUUGGGUUCUAGUAUGAAAAGUUCUAUUUCAGCAGAAAAGUAAGCAUCUUCCCUCAGCAUCCCAGAAAGGCUACACUGGGAAGUGAGAAGUGAAAUCAGAGCAGAGGAUGACUCAGUAUAACCACUCUGCAGAGCUCCCCCUCCAGAGCUCAGCAAACAAGUCAUUAAAUUUCACUGAAGCACUGCUGGCUUUGGAUGAAGGGACACUGUUAGGGCUGAAGGUUUCCUUGUCGGUCCUUCUGUCUCUUCUAACUUUGGCAACGGUCCUUGCAAACGUUUUUGUUGUCAUUACCAUUUUUGUGACUCGAAAGCUCCACACACCUGCGAAUUACCUCAUCGGCUCCUUGGCAGUGACUGAUCUUUUAGUGUCUGUCCUAGUAAUGCCCAUCAGUAUUGCUUACACUGUCACCCACACAUGGGCCUUUGGCCAAGUGCUGUGUGAUAUCUGGUUAUCGUCAGACAUCACGUGCUGCACGGCCUCAAUCCUACACCUCUGUGUCAUUGCACUGGACAGAUACUGGGCUAUCACAGAUGCUCUGGAAUAUGCCAAACGCCGGACCACUGGCCGAGCAGCGCUCAUGAUUGCUGUGGUCUGGAUGAUCUCUAUCAGCAUUUCUGUGCCACCGUUCUUCUGGAGGCAAGUGAAAACUCCUGAAGAACUUGCAAAGUGUACUGUGAACACAGACCAAAUUUCCUACACGAUUUAUUCCACGUGUGGAGCUUUUUACAUCCCAACUGUGCUCCUCCUCAUCUUGUACGGGAGAAUUUAUAUAGCAGCUCGAUCCAGGAUCCUGAAGCCACCCUCGUUAUGUGGGAAACGCUUUACUACAGCACACCUGAUCACUGGCUCUGCUGGGUCUUCCCUCUGCUCCAUUAAUGCCAGCCUUCAUGAAGGGCACUCCCAUUCAGGUGGCUCCCCAAUAUUUAUCAAUCACGUUAAAAUAAAGCUUGCAGACAGCAUCCUGGAAAGGAAGAGAAUUUCUGCUGCACGGGAAAGGAAAGCCACCAAAACGUUAGGCAUUAUUCUGGGAGCUUUCAUUUUCUGCUGGCUGCCUUUUUUUGUCAUGUCCCUAGUGCUGCCCAUCUGCCGAGAUGCUUGCUGGUUUCAUCCCAUCCUCCUGGACUUUUUUACAUGGUUAGGUUACUUAAACUCCCUGAUCAAUCCAGUCAUUUAUACAGCUUUCAAUGAAGAAUUUAAACAGGCUUUCCAAAAACUAAUUCAUUUCAAGAAGUGCUCAUCUUGAGCCUCUCCUGUCGUGUUACUGACCCUUGUGCAAUCGUACAGCCUACCUGGAAACUUCCUGUGCUUUCAUUCCUUGAGGUACAGAGCCAUAAUUGCCAUCUCUGCUACUUACCCUAUGCUGUGCAUGUAACUGGGAACUUCCUGCCCAUUUGGUACUUUCUGUCUGGAAUCCUCCAUCCCAUAACAGAACGUGUCUGUGGUCUCUGCAGUGAUCAUCUGUGUCUAUAAGAUCAACACAUGAAGUAAGCUCGGUAACAAGUGAUGGAGCGUGAACCAGAGAGCUGAGUUUGUGUGAUGAAAUGACACACAUUACCCGAUUCUUCCAUGCCUUUGUAACCUGAUGGGAGGAAACGGUGUGUGUAGGUGCAGGACAGUAUUCCUGCUGUAUUUUACUAACAAUUUAGGUAGGCUGAGAAAGCAUCUGGAGAACAGGCUCUGAUGUCUGCAUUUCCUAUGGCACCUGCCCUAGCCAUCUGACACUGAUCAAACCUGUAACUUGGUGUGGUACAGCCUGAGCGAGCAGCAGGGCAUAUGAGGCACAGCAUGCAUGCAAGUGCUGUGGGUAUUUCACAAAUACUGCAUUUCCAGCUCUGCUUUGGGUGAACUGUAGAAAGAAGGUUCAUUUAUUUAAAUCAUUUUUACACA